AUGAAACAGCAAUCCCUCUCUCAUUUUGCCAGCCUUCUUCUUGUGGCCCAGCUGUUUCCAGGAAUGUCCAGAGCCCCAUUUGUAAACCACUCAGGCACUGAGGCUCCCAGAGGACCCACUGAAGGAUCUCCUGGACGAGGAACAAACGGGUCUCACUUGUUACACCACCAAGUAAAACGCAGCCACUUACCACCACCGCGCACUCCCCCUUUUCAGGAACCUGAGUCAGAUUUUAAAAUUAUCAACUGCCUGAGAAGUGAAGGCUUCUGUCAAGAAUAUUGUAACUAUAUGGAAACACAAGUAGGCUACUGCUCUAAAAAAAAAGAUGCCUGCUGUUUACACCAAAACUGA